AAGGACCAGCCAAUGCUGCGGGGAACGUUUCACCUGAAGGACUGCCUCGUUUCAACAACAACUUUAUGGCUCCCGGAAGCACCUCCUCUCCAUCCCCUUCUUAACCUCACCGUCGUGGGCUAAAGUUGGAACCAUGGCGGCGCCAGCCGCCGGGCCAGGCCAUGGGUCUGCACCUGGGGACUCCCCGGAGGGGCCCGAGGGGGAGACUCCAGAGCGUCGACGGAAGGCUCACGGGAUGCUGAAGCUUUACUACGGCCUCUCGGAGGGCGAAGCGGCUGGGCGCCCUGCGGGGCCUGACCCCCUGGACCCGACUGAUCUCAACGGGGCUCAUUUCGACCCGGAAGUGUAUCUUGACAAGCUGCGCAGAGAGUGCCCGCUGGCCCAGCUGAUGGACAGUGAGACCGACAUGGUGCGGCAGAUCCGGGCUCUAGACAGCGACAUGCAGACACUGGUCUAUGAGAAUUACAACAAGUUCAUCUCAGCCACAGACACCAUCCGGAAGAUGAAGAAUGAUUUCCGGAAGAUGGAGGACGAGAUGGACCGGCUAGCCACCAACAUGGCAGUGAUCACGGACUUUAGUGCACGCAUCAGUGCCACACUGCAGGAUCGCCAUGAGCGCAUCACCAAGCUGGCAGGGGUUCACGCGCUGCUACGGAAGCUGCAGUUCCUUUUCGAGUUGCCUUCGCGCCUCACGAAGUGUGUGGAGAUGGGCGCCUACGGGCAGGCAGUGCGCUACCAGGCCCGCGCACAGGCUGUGCUGCAGCAGUACCAGCACCUGCCCUCGUUCCGUGCCAUCCAGGAUGACUGUCAGGUCAUCACUGCCCGCCUGGUCCAGCAGCUACGGCAACGUUUCAGGGAGGGCAGUUCCGGAGCUCCUGAGCAGGCGGAGUGCGUGGAGCUACUGCUAGCCCUGGGCGAGCCGGGGGAGGAGCUGUGCGAGGAGUUCCUGGCCCACGCCCGUGGGCGGCUGGAGGAGGAGCUGAGCAGCUUGGAGGCCGAGCUAGGGCCCUCUCCUCCAGCUCCAGACGUGUUAGAGUUCACAGACCAUGGAGGCAGCGGCUUCGUGGGUGGCCUCUGCCAGGUGGCUGCAGCCUACCAAGAGCUGUUUGCGGCCCAGGGUCCUGCGGGUGCCGAGAAGCUGGCAGCCUUUGCCCAGGAGCUGGGUGGCCGCUACUUUGCACUGGUGGAACGCCGACUUGCACAGGAGCAGGGGGGUGGUGACAACUCGCUGCUGGUGCGGGCGCUGGACCGCUUCCACCGGCGCCUGCGGGCCCCUGGAGCCCUGCUAGCAGCUGCUGGGCUUGCAGAGGCUGCCACAGAGAUUGUGGAGCGAGUGGCCCGUGAGCGCCUGGGCCACCACCUGCAGGGGCUGCGGGCAGCCUUCCUUGGUUGCCUGACUGAUGUGCGCCAGGCUCUGGCUGCACCUCGCCUGACUGGGAAGGAAGGCCCUGGCCUGGCGGAAUUGCUGGCCAAUGUGGCCAGCUCCGUCCUGAGCCACAUCAAAGCCUCCCUGGCUGCAGUGCACCUCUUCACCGCCAAGGAGGUGUCCUUCUCCAACAAGCCCUACUUCCGGGGCGAAUUUUGCAGCCAGGGCGUCCGCGAGGGUCUCAUCGUGGGCUUCAUCCAUUCCAUGUGCCAGACAGCUCAGAGCUUCUGUGACAGCCCUGGGGAGAAGGGGGGUGCCACACCACCUGCCCUGCUCUUGCUGCUCUCCCGCCUCUGCCUGGACUAUGAGACAGCCACCAUCUCCUAUAUCCUCACCCUCACUGAUGAACAGUUUCUGGUGCAGGACCAAUCUCCAGUGACACCUGUGAGUGCACUGUGUGCAGAAGCCAGGGAGACAGCACGGCGGCUGCUGACCCACUAUGUGAAGGUGCAGGGCCUGGUCAUAUCACAGAUGCUGCGCAAGAGUGUGGAGACCCGGGACUGGCUCAGUACCCUGGAGCCCCGGAAUGUGCGUGCCGUCAUGAAGCGGGUGGUGGAGGACACCACAGCCAUUGACGUGCAGGUGGGGCUCCUGUACGAAGAGGGUGUUCGCAAGGCCCAGAGCAGCGACUCCAGCAAAAGGACCUUCUCCGUGUACAGCAGCUCCAGGCAGCAGGGCCGCUAUGCCCCUAGCUAUACACCCAGUGCCCCAAUGGACACCAACCUCUUGAGCAAUAUCCAGAAGCUAUUUUCUGAACGUAUUGAUGUGUUCAGCCCUGUGGAGUUCAACAAGGUGUCAGUGCUGACUGGUAUCAUCAAGAUCAGCCUGAAGACGCUGCUAGAGUGUGUCCGGUUGCGCACCUUCGGGCGCUUUGGGCUACAGCAAGUGCAAGUGGACUGCCACUUUUUGCAACUCUACCUGUGGCGCUUUGUGGCAGACGAGGAGCUCGUGCACCUGCUGCUGGACGAAGUGGUGGCCUCGGCUGCCCUUCGCUGCCUGGACCCAGUGCCCAUGGAGCCCAGUGUGGUGGAGGUCAUUUGUGAGCGCGGCUAGGCCCUGCAGCUGCUGUGCACAGGCCCGUUCUGCAGCUGCUGUGCGCAGGCCUGCUCCGGAGUCCCAACCCGCCCCUGCCUUGGUCUUGGCCCUGGCGGUCAUUCCUCACCGGCAGGUGUCCGGACCCGCCUAAUAAACAAGUGCGGCCUCCUCCUA